AACACAAGCACAAGCACAACACUACUGCUGCCUGCUGCUAAGCUACUAAGCUAAAGAUAUCAAACGAAGAUUAUAUCAUUUCUAAAUCGAGUUUUUCACUUUUCCAUCAUCUUUUUAGUCCGGAAAUGAGUUUUAUAGUCAGAUGUAUUUUGAAGGAAUCGCGUCGGAUUCAGACGAUCACUGUUCAUCAGCAGAGAAAUAUAAAAAAUUGGUUAGCUCCUACUUUGAAGGAGCUGUACAGAAGAAAAGAAGAGUAUGAAUAUCUGCAUGGUCCUAUUCCAACACCUAAACGAUCUGCAUUCAUUGAGUGGAAUUUCGGCUCUGAAAUCUAUGCUUUCGGGAAAAGAUUGGGAGAAAACUUUGAUGAUGUUUUGCUUCGUCAAGCGUUUACCAAUUCAGACUAUGUGAGAAAAAUCUUAGAAGAUCAAGAAAAAUUGGGUCUCGAAACUUCCGACUUGACUAAAAACAGCAGCAAUGAAGAACUCUCCAAAGAAGGAAGAGAGUUAAUAAGUCAAUAUGUGUUCGGUUUCCUACGGCAUGCCUUAAAGAAGCUCCCAGAGGAAGCAGUCAAGUGCAUCCACGAUAAGCUGUUAGCAGAUGAAAUGCUGUCACACAUAUCUAGAAGCCUUGGGACAAAGGACAUCAUUUUGACAACUGAACAUGAGCCAGAUGAAAAAGCAUAUGCCACUGUGUUUUGCGCCAUAGUAGGGGCACUGUCCAGGAGCUCAAAUGCAGAGCGAACAGGGGGCUUUAUCAGGGACUUCGUUCUGACUCAGCUUGCAGAAAACAGCAUUUCUGAUUUUUACAUCCCGAACAAGGCUUGGGAGACUUUGGCGUCUUUGAUACCAGGAGUUGAUGCUCGCCUUGCCAAUCAAGAAGGACAAGGCACAAUCAUGGCAGCAUACAGGGUCGCUAUCUUCGACAGCAAAAAGAAUUUCUUGGGUGAAGGCUUUGGAGAAACUGUCAAAGUUGCGAGAGAAAUGGCCGCUGUGGACGUGCUAAACAAAGUGUUCGAAAUUGAUGAAUCCUGCAGCCCACUGCCACUUGGUCCAACAGAUUGUCCCAAAAUAGAGGAAAUUGGGUUGAAAAUGAAUAACCCAAACCAAAGCAUAAAUGAGGUAGUGCCGAAUAUUGUUAGGUUGCAGUAGAAAUAAAAUAAAACAACACCAAUAGUUAAACAAAAAUAA